UCCGCUCCUCCAAAAGUGUUCGUAGGCUCUUCGGUCGGAGAGGCCUCUCCACAUGGUCUUGGGCGGAGGAAAAGCUGCUGAAAUUGUGCUGUGGAGGAAGAAAGAUGUAUCAGGAAAGGUGUUUGCUGCUGUUACAGCGCUAUGGUUUUUCUUUGAAGUGCUAGGAUAUCAUUUCAUCACUCUGGCUUGCCAUGCAUUGAUUCUCAUAAUAAUGAUCUUUUUCUUGUGGACCAAGGCAUCCAUGUAUAUCCACAAGUCUGCACCUCACAUCCCAGAAGUUACAAUUCCAAGAGAUUGCGUUCUUGAGGUUGUUUCUACACUUAGAAACGAGAUCAAUGCGUUCUUGGACGCUCUCCGUAAUCUUUUGAGAGAUGUUACAUCUGGGAAUGAUCUGAAGAAGUUUGUUGUCGUUAUUCUUGCAUUAUGGUUUCUCUCGAUUAUUGGGAGCUCGUUCAGUUUCCUUACCUUGUUUUAUCUAUGCAUAGUGUUCAUGUUCACGGUGCCAAUGCUGUAUGAGAAAAAUGAAGAGUUGGUUGAUCUGUAUGGCGAGAUUGUUGUAGCUGAAUUGAAGAAACAAUAUGCAGUUUUUGAUGAGAAGGUUUUGAGCCACAUACCCAUUAUUGCAGGAUCAUCGAAAAAGGAUUAAGAGGCAUAUUCUCUCGUUUUUUUU